UUUUAGAGGGGAGAUUUAAGUCAACAAGUCACAUCCAGGUCAACCUUCACCUUCCAGUGAUGGCAGAGGACGAUAUUCACUAUGCUUCAGUGGUUAUCAAAAGUAACAAACAGCCCAAGUCAGAAGCUAAAAAGGAAGAGGAAUCUGUUUAUACUGAGGUGAAGGUGAAGAAAGAACCAGCUCAAGCUAUAAAAGAGGAGGAGACCAUUUCUAAAGUGCAGGUGGACAAAGAACCAGCUCAGGGAAAGGCAGCAGGAAGAUUUGGCCUCUAUGGGCAGCUGGCCGGCUGUUUUGGGAUUCUCUCUGCCAUUUUGCUGCUUAUUAUCAUUGGAAUCUGUGUUUAUUUUGCAACAGUUCAGGAGAGCACUGCAAAUGAGUUGAACCAGCUGAAAUCAAACCAAAGGAUCCUGCAGAGGGAAAUUCACAACCUGACCAACCUCAACAACAAAUUAAGUUCAGAUUAUACAAAUCUGACUACCGCUUCUGCUGCUUUAAAAAACACAAUCACCACACUGGCUGCGGAAAACCACAACCUGACGUUGCUAAACGAAGAGCUGAAGAAAGACAGGAAAAACCUCUCAGAUAUAAUUGAACACAUGGAGAAAACUGGGAAUGAGCUCAAUGUCAGUCGAGCUCAGUGGAGCGUUGAUGCCUAUUGUCCUAGAAAAGCUGAUAGAAAAUGCAAUUCUUGCCAGGAGGGCUGGAAAUCCAAUUUUUCCAGCUGUUACGCAUAUAACGACCAUGAAUCCUCUAAUUGGAGAAACUGGGAAGGUGCACGGGAAGAUUGUAGAACAAAGAUAUCAGAUCUGAUAGUCGUCGCUAAUGAAAAAGAAAAGGAAUAUUUAAAAGAUAUCAGUCCAGCUAUAAAAGGCAUCACAGGAUACUGGAUCGGCCUCAGAGCUGUAAAUGGAACAUGGAGAUGGAUCGAUGGAAGUGAUCUAAUCAAUCAAACCUGGAUACAGCAGCAGCCUGCAAUUGAUGGUCAUUGUGUGACUACUCUCACUAACAAAGGAUGGAAAUCAGUGCGCUGUAAUGAAACCAGGGCGUGGAUCUGUGAAAAAAAGGCUUUAACACUUUAGCCUCGACCUAUUCACAUGUGGCGAAUGUUUUACAGAGCCUAUGUGGGAGUCCUGACCCUGAGAAUCUCUGCCGUCUAUUCUCUCUCCAAAGUACAAAAGAAACCUACUAGUGACACAACAAACCAUGAAAUAUUAUGAAAUACAGUCAGCAUUUUUUUUAUUUACAUUUUCUCAUUUAAAAAUUUCAUUGAAACAAAAUCACAAAUUACACUGUAAAAUAAAUUUUUUGUGCAUCUCAUAUUUGCCGUUCAAACUUAAAAUCAUAACCUUUUUAAUUGAAAGAUAAAAUAAAGC